CUCAUCCAAGCCCAAUCAAAAUUAGCAAUGGCAGUGGCGAAAGCGAGUCUCCUCCUCCUCCUCCCAUCCAAAUUGGAAAUCAGCAGACAAUCUCCCGCUUUCUAUCAUCAUCAUUUUCAUAACCAAAAAUCAUGGGGAUUAAACAACAAGAGUCGACGUGGCGGGAUCUCCAUCUCCUCAUCGCUUCUUGCAACAAUCCACCCUGUGGUUGAAGUUGCAGAGGCUGCGAGCGUGGGUUAUUCAAGUGCCAGCUAUUACACCUCUCUGGGUCUCUUCGUCAUUUCGGUACCAGGUCUCUGGUCCCUCAUCAAGCGCUCCGUUAAAUCAAAGGUGGUGCAGAAGACAUUUAUAGAGGAAGAAAAGAACAAGGGGCCUAACCAGGUGGCCGGAGAAAUUCUUUCCUUCUUCACCCGCAACAACUUCAUGGUGUUGGAUAAAGGAGAGACAAUCACGUUCGAAGGCAUGAUGGUUCCGAGCCGAGGACAAGCAGCACUCCUCACAUUCUGCACCUGUAUCAGCAUGGCAAGUGUAGCCCUGGUGCUUACCAUCACCGUUCCAGAUGUCGGUAACAAUUGGUUCUCUCUCACCCUUCUUAGUCCAUUGGCGUAAGUAUUUACUAUUUGUC